UUUGUUUUAGAUCUAGGACACAUUUUAUACAUACAAUAAUACAAAUUUGGUGCUAAGGACCGCAAAUUAAAAUAUUCCCUGGUUCUUGUGUCUGUGAAUGUCCAAAUUCCAAACCGAAAAAACAUCAAUUGUUUAACAUUUUUUCAUGUUAUCACUGUAUUGUUUACAGUAGAGAUUUGUCGGUUGUUCCAACUUGCAUUUAAUACUGUAUUAUCCUCUCUAUAUCUACUUCUUGUCACUAAAGCUAAAUACCCUUUUGAAAUCUUUAGCUAAAGAUUACAUUUUUAUGCAUUUUCAUUAAAGAAGAGCUCAGAAACAGUGUUAAUGUUGAAGAAAAUGUUGGUUCAUUGGAAAUCUUGGUGGAGGUCUAUUUACAAGCAAAAUCAUUUUAUUUUGAUGUUGGGUUUUUCGAUUUUGUUGGUUGGUCUUGUUUUUAGGCUUUUAUUUUUAAGAUCUGGUGUGAUUGUCGAUGUUCAAGAAACCCCUUUUGUUAAAAAGGCUCUAUUUUCACCACCACCAGUUUCUUUCAGUUUGCCUGAAAUUGCAGAUCAGAUUGGUGAUGAAGAGCAAGCAGGGAGGUGUAACCUUUUCAUUGGAGAUUGGAUUCCUGAUCCAGCUGGUCCUGUUUACACGAACGAGACAUGCAAAUUUAUUGAAGACCAUCAGAAUUGUAUUAAGAAUGGCCGGCCAGAUACUGGUUAUCUUUAUUGGAGGUGGAAUCCACGAAAUUGCAAGUUGCCUCAGUUUAAUCCACAUAAGUUUCUUCAGUUGAUGAUUAAUAAAACAUGGGCGUUGAUUGGUGAUUCAAUAUCAAGGAACCAUGUCCAAUCAUUUCUUUGCGUACUCUCAAAGGCAGAGGAAGCCAUUGAAGUAUACCAUGACAAGGAGUACCGAUCCAGGAGAUGGAUAUUCCCGUCAUACAACUUCACUGUUUCAGUUAUUUGGUCCCCCUUUCUAGCACAAGCAGCUAUAUUUGAAGACUACAACGGAGUUUCCACAUCCGAGAUUGAACUUCAUCUCGACAAACUUGAUACGAGUUGGACAGAUCAGUUUAACAAUUUUGACUAUAUGAUAUUUGCAAGUGGUGAGUGGUAUGUCAAAACCGCAAUCUACUACGAAAACAAUGCAGUAUUGGGCUGCCACAACUGUCCCAAAAAAAACUUAACCGAGCUCGGUUUUGACUUUGCGUACCAUAAAGUUCUUGGAAAUUUUUUCAACUACAUUCUCUCGUCGAAUCACAAAGGCAUGAUCUUUUUCAGGACCGCGACACCUGACCAUUUCGAAAAUGGCCAGUGGUUUAGUGGUGGAAAUUGUAAAAGAACGGAACCGGUGAAGGAAGGUAAUUUUACUUUGAGCGAGAUUAACAAAAUUCUACAUGAGAUUGAGUUAGAGGAAAUCGGUAAGGCUACAGCUAAAGCUUCUGAGAAGGGUUUGAAUCUAAAGCUUUUCGAUGUAACUGGCCUUUCGUUAAUGAGGCCCGACGGGCAUCCAGGUCCAUACAGGUAUUUCCAACCAUUUGCAAAAGAUAAGAAUGCAAAAGUUAUAAAUGACUGCUUGCAUUGGUGUAUGCCCGGACCUAUAGAUACCUGGAAUGAUAUGCUAAUGGAGAUGGUGUUAAAUGGUUAAUGAGAUGAACUUGUGAAUUGGAAGUUGUUUUCUUAAGCAAAUAUUCACUGGGAUGGCAUUUACUGAGCCAGAAUUUGCUGUGUAUCUCUACUCUGUGAUGUGAAUACUAGAGAUCGAAGGCACACAACGGGUGUUCCUCGCGACUAUGUUCCUCUGAUGAUGCAUCAGUUUGCCUAUACAUAAUUUUUUUUUAUUUUUUUAUGGAGAAGUUGAUCUUGGUUAUAAUGUUAUUACCUGAUUCUCAUAUAUACAUGAUUUUUCAGGAAUCUGUAGUGGGGAUUUUUUUUGGGGGGGAUUUGGAGUAUUGAUAGAGAUUUGUAUCAAAUGAGAAGUUGAUGGUGGUGAAUCACAGAUUGUAUUGUACACUUGUACUAAUAAAAUUUGCAAGUCACAAGCAAA